AUGAGACUCGCAGCAUCCAAACAGCAAGACCUCUUCCGCCUCCUAAAACAGCAAACCACCAAAGACCACCCUUAUCACAUCCGCCACCUCUCCACCGCCGAACCCACUCACCCACCACCACCACCACCACCACUUUCUUUCGACCCAUCAUUCGUUACACAAGUAGUCACUCUCCUCCAAACCACCGACACCAAUGACUGGACCACCAACACCACUCUUCACCAUCUCCUCUUUCUCUCUCCUCAUUCACUGUCUCCUCUCUCCCUCCUCCGCAUCACCCGUGGCUUGGGCUCAACCGCCAAAGCCCUCCAAUUUUUCGACUAUAUUCGCACAACCUCACCGUCCCCACCGGACCCUCUUUCUCUUUCCUCCACUUUCCAGGCCAUUUUCGAGUUCGCAAGUCGAGAACAACCCGACUCAGCCACCAAGCUCUAUGAACUUUUCACCAGCUCAAGAGAUCAAAGCAUUCCUCUUUCAAAGAAUUCCGCAACCCUUCUUAUCCGAUUCUUUGGCCGGGCCAGAAUGGUUGAAAAAUCGCUUAUUGUAUACAAAGAACUCGACCCAGAUAGAAGAAAUAUCCAUGUGCGUAAUACAGUAAUCGAUGUUCUGCUGCGAUCAGGUGGAGUUGACGAGGCCGUUAAAGUGCUCGAUGAAAUGCUUGAUAGAGAGUCGAAGUAUCCGCCGAAUGAGAGAACACUGGAUAUUGUUUUGGCCGGGAUGUUGAAGUGGAAUUGGAGUGGGAGGAGUGUGAGUGAGGAGGAGAUUGUUGGUUUGGUUUUGAAAUUGGGGGAACAUGGUGUGUUUCCUAAUAAUGUGUGGUUAAGUCAAUUAACUACUAGGUUGUGUAGGAGUGGUAAGAGUAAUAAGGCUUGGGAGUUUUUGUAUGAUGUGAGGAGGUUGGGUGGUGCUGUGGAAGCUGCUUCUUGCAAUGCCCUUUUGACAGGUUUGGGCAGAGAGCAUGAUUUUGUGAGGAUGAAUAUGCUUUUAAGGGAGAUGAAGGAAGAGAAAAUUCAGCCGAAUGUUGUAACGUUUGGAAUUCUAAUUAAUUAUCUGUGUAAGCUCCGUAGGGUUGAUGAGGCAUUGGAGGUAUUCAAGAAGAUGAGAGGCAAUGAAAGUGAUGAAAUUUCCGUUGAACCGGAUGUUGUGCUUUAUAAUACUUUGAUUGAUGGAUUAUGCAAAGUUGGGAGGCAAGAAGAAGGCUUGGGUUUACUGGAACAGAUGAAAUCACGACAUGAAAGUGCACCUAAUACUGUUACCUACAAUUGCUUGAUUGAUGGUUUUUGCAAGGCUGGUGAAAUUGAGAGGGCCCAUGAGCUUUUGGAUCAGAUGUACAAGGAGGGGGUGAUGCCAAAUGUGAUUACACUUAAUACUUUGGUUGAUGGCAUGUGUAAGCAUGGGAGAAUCAAUAGUGCAAUGGAUUUCCUUAAUGAAAUGCAGCAAAGGGCUAUGGCAUUAUUUGAUGAAAUGUUAAAAACCGGAUGUUCUCCAGAUGCAAUUGUGUACUACUGCUUGAUCUCUGGUCUAAGCCAGGCGGGAAGGGUCGAUGAUGCUAGCUUUGUGGCAUCAAUGAUGAAGAAAGCUGGGUUCGGCUUAGAUAUUGUAAGCUACAAUGUUCUGAUUAGUGGGUUCUGCAAGAAGAAUAAAUUGGAGAAAGCUUAUGAGAUGCUUAAGGAUUUGGAGGAAGCUGGAGUGAAGCCUGAUAGUGUUACAUACAACACUUUGAUUUCAUAUUUCAGUGAAACUGGAGAUUUUAGGACAGCCCAUACGUUGAUGAGGCGGAUGGUUAAAGAUGGUCUCGUGCCCACUGUUGUUACUUAUGGAACACUGAUUCAUGCAUAUUGCUUGGUGGGCAAUCUUGACGAAGCAAUGAAAAUUUUUACAAACAUGAGUUCUGCAUCAAGGGUAUCACCCAAUACCGUUAUAUAUAAUAAUCUGAUAGACUCUCUCUGCAAGAAUAAGAAAGUAGAAAUUGCUCUUUCCCUAAUGGAUGAUAUGAAAACCAAGGGAGUGAAGCCAAAUACCAACACAUACAAUGCCAUGUUCAAAGGCCUUCAGGAGAUAAACUGGUUGGAGAAAGCACUCCAACUUAUGGAUCAAAUGACUGAACAGGCUUGUAAUCCCGAUUAUAUUACUAUGGAAGUUCUUACGGAUUGGCUUUCUGUUGUGAACGAAACAGAAAAAUUAAGAAAUUUUGUGCAAGGGUAUGAAGUGUCUGCUUCAAUUGCAUAGUGGUUGCCGGAAGGAGAGGCUAAGAUUCUUAGUUCAGUUGUACCAGUUGGCAAUCUACCUUUAGUCAUUUCAGUAUUUGAUGUUAUCGUGGCUAAUUUGUUUGAAGCACAUUGACUAAAUCAUAUGCUUCG